ACGACUCACCGACAGUUUAUAUACAACUACUGUAGGCACAUAUAAAACUUCAUAAUCGAGUCUGCUUGUCGGUGUGGCUAUACACAUUACGAGCACGCACACGCUCAUAUAGUGUAGGCUGCAAAGCUUAACGUUUCAAAAGAGCGAAAGAUCCUUUAGUCAAGAUUACGCGCUUCUCCGCACCGCAUCGCACUUGGCUUUCUUGCACUUGUUUGCAAUCAUGAUCAGAAAAAAAUGGUGCGUAGGCAUAGGCACACUCGUGGCUCUCGCCCUCAUAGUAGCUUUAACUCUUGCCUUGACUCUUCGAAGCAACAAAGAAGGAAAAUUCAUCAGCGACGCGCCGCUGGGAGUUUUCCAUAAGGCCGCAGUAUCGACAUUGGGAAUGGAAUGUGCUGAAAUCGGCAGCGAUAUACUAAAACGUAAUGGUUCGGCCGUCGACGCGGCCAUCGCCGCACUCCUAUGCGAAGGCAUCGCGUCUCCUCACAGCAUGGGUCUCGGUGGUGGAUUUCUCAUGACUAUUUAUGACGCCGAAAGUAACCAAGUUUCGUUUUUGGAUGCUCGAGAAACUGCGCCGGCUGCGGCAAACGAGACGAUGUUCAACGGCGAUGGAAACAAAUCCCUUUAUGGUGGACUUGGUAUAGCGAUACCUGGUGAACUCAAGGGGUACUGGGAGGCUCAUCAGAGAUUCGGCAAACUCCCUUGGAAGGACCUGUUCCAGGGAUCGAUCAAGCUCUGUGAAACCGGCGCCGAAGUCAAUCAGUAUUUAUUCAACAGUAUUAGAGGAAAAGAGAAGUUCAUUUUGAACGAGCCUACAUUAUCAGACGUUUUCAUCGACCCAAAAACAAACAGAACGUGGACGGUUGGCAAACACAUAAAACGACCAGUGCUGGCUAAAACUUUGCAACAGCUUGCCGAGAGCGAUGACCCAGUGGGACUAUUUUACAAUGGAAGCAUGGCGAAGGAUCUAGUAGCUGAAAUUCAGUCGUACGACGGAAUCAUCACCUUGGACGACAUGAAAAAUUACGAGGUAAAGUGGCGAGAGCCUCUCAAAGCCAAGCUCGGCAACGCGACGAUUUACACGGCGCCACCACCCGGCUCGGGAGCGCUUUUAGGCUUCAUAAUCAACGUUAUGGACGGAUUUGGCAAAAUUGACGACGUCGACUUGUUUUAUCAGCGCCUCAUAGAGACAUUCAAGUGGGCCUACGCCAAGAGAACGGAGCUAGGGGAUCAGGACUUUGUUCCGGCAGUGCAUGAUCUUUUGGCCAACUUGUCGUCGGUCGAAUUCGCUAAUGAAAUCAGAUCACGUAUUCAAGACAACACAACGAAUCUUGAUCCGGAAUAUUAUGGAGCCGAUUUCUCAAAUAAAGAAACGCACGGAACUUCCCACGUGUCGAUACUGGCCCCCGACGGUUCAGCUGUUUCCGUUACAUCUACGAUCAAUCAAAUUCUAGGUGCUAAAAUCCGGUCCAAGUCAACUGGAAUCAUUUUUAACGACGAAAUGGAUGACUUUAGUUCUCCCAACAUAACGAACGGUUUCGAUUUGCCUCCUUCGCCGAGAAAUUACAUCAAACCUGGCAAAAGGCCGCUGAGCUCAAUGACACCUGCCAUUGUGAUGGACGAUAAAAAUAAAGUUCAAAUGGUUAUUGGAGCUGCCGGGGGUAGCAAAAUAACGACGGCAGUCGCGUCGAUAAUUCUGCACAAUAUGCGAUACAACUUCGAUAUCAAAGAGGCCGUGGACGAGCCGAGACUUCAUCAUCAGCUCUUCCCGAUGGCCAUUCAAACGGAGAAAAACUUUUCGCCAACGAUAUUGGAAUUUCUCAGAAGAAUCGGCCAUAGCAUUACGACCUUUGAAGGCAUCGGCACCGCUGUCACUGCUAUCGAAAGGGACGGCGAUAAAAUACUAGCCAAUUCAGAUUAUCGAAGGCAAGGAAAAAUAGCUGGAUUUUAGUGAAUCUUUUUUUUUAUGCAGAGCCAUUUUAACGCUGUAAAUAGGACUCUGCAACGUAGCGAAAUAAACUUUUUACGCUGAUCUCAUCCGUUACUACUCAAGAUGUGAUUCGUUCAAAUAGUAUUUACAUAAUGUUCAGUUUUGCAGUUUGCUCGAUAAUGUGCUCAAAUUGUGUGUAAUAUAAGUUUGAAGUGUAUUAAAAUUACAGUAAUAAUUUUAAUGCUCAAACAUGCCAAAAAGUAGAGUUUACGUGCGUCGAGUUUUGAAUAGUUUUUCACUAUUAACAUUACUCUUCUCUGAAUACCUGCAUAAUUAUUAUUAAUAUUAUUUUUGAUUUGUACGGUGAAAACGAAAUAAAGUAUGUACUAUUAUUUUUGUAAAUAUGCAUAAAUGACGUUUGUGAAGUAUUAAAACCAAUAAACGACAAACUGUUUUACAGUGAAAAAAAAUGU